AAUCGGUGUAGAUGGCAUUACUGAUGCCCGACAUCAAUCUCCGUCGUGCCAAGGUCCACCUUGAGCGCUACUGGCGCCAAUUGCUUGGCGGAGACCGGCCAGAAGAGCUUCGGCGUUUGAUAUUUCGAUCCAAGGCCGUUGCGAAAGUCAGCCAAGAUGCACAGCCAGCAAAUGUAAAUCCCGUCGGUUCCGUCGCGGUCGCUCCACGGAUUCAAAAUCUAGAGCUCGACCCGGAAAUGGAGGUCCCCAUUGCUACCGUCAAAGAAAUUAACCGCGAUUCCCAUGACAAGCGCUGCGUCGAAACAGAUUGUGGAUCUCUAUCGGUGGCACAAAGCGCGAGUUGCAAUCAGAAGACGGAGACUGAAGCUGCUGGCGACGGCAAAGAGAAAGACGGGGACCAGCACAACGAGUUGAAUCAAGUGUCUGCUGUCGAGAAUGCAACUACAGACGAUAAUUCAGAGUGUAAUCAAUCUGCUACCUCCGAAAGCGCUGACGAAUUUCUGAAGUCAGGAUCGGAGCAACCUCCAUCGUCGACGAGCACAACUGGAACAUCAUCAUCCGUGAGCUCCAUAUUCAGUGUGUCAACGUCUGAUAGUAAGUCCAGUUGUGCUGGUAAGCCGCCACUAUCGCUUGUUCGUGCGAGCAAAGACAACCGGCCAAGUUCUUCUCCGGAAAAGAUGCGCCAGUCCAAGUAUAUUUCGCGCAUCCAAGGUCCGACGCUGGGCUCUAUCUUGCAGCGUAUCCAUCUCAACGAUGGUGAUGUUAGUGAGCUGGACUUCUCUACUCUCGCGCAGCGCAACAAACGGCUGGAAGCUGAAGGGUGCGCUCUUGUGGCACGUUCUCUAUCCACUAACCACACCGUACGCAAGCUUAUAAUUCGGGACCAUGCCAUCGGAGACGAUGGAGCUGUUGCUCUAUCAAAAAUGCUGUGCAACAACACGACGCUGGAAUGCCUGGAUCUAUAUGGCAACAACAUCGGUGAUCGGGGAGCUGAAGCAUUGGCACAAGCAUUGUACGGACACGACUCGCUGAGGCGUUUGUGCCUGAGAAGUAACGCGAUAACGGAUCGUGGCACUGCAGCGCUAGCUCAAGCCAUUCGUUGCAACUGCACACUCAAGUCUCUAGAUCUGGUUCACAACCGAAUUACAAAAGCUGGAGCUCACGCGCUACUUGACGCUUUGGACGUCAACAUUCAUUUGGAAACGUUGACUCUGGAUGCAAACGAUGUACCAGCAUUUGCUGCAAGUCAGCUUGCAUCAGCACUGGCACGCAAUCGUGCUGAGUCUUUAAUGAUGGAGUCGCAUGCCGCAGAGAAGCAGGCUGUGAAAAUUGUACGUAGGGCCAGCGGCUUGGAUACCGAAGAUGAAGAUGAUAGUGACAGUGGGAAGGAGGAGAACUGGAUGGAGCAAAUUUGGGAAGAUGACGACGGUGAUAGUGUGUCGAGUGGCUUCCUGAGUUGCUCAGGUGUCACGGACGUUCCGUUGAGCAGCAGCGGCUUGUGGAUCUAA